AUGAACGCCGGACAGCAAACAGCGAGGCGACUGGCCUCGGGAGCGGGUCCCGCAAUAUGUCGCUCAUGUAGAGACACCAUCACUCGCACUUACGCAUCCGCCGCCGCUGCAGCCGUCCAGAGCGAAGACCAAGCGUCUCAGCAUAUUCCCCCGGUCGCCCAAGCCUUGCCUUCAACCUCAUAUGCCGUCAAUGCUGGUGUGGUUCUGUCCCGCCCCCCGCAAAUAACUCGCGACCUGCAUCCAUUCGAAGCCGCCUUCUUCCUAUACCAAAAACGUCUCAAUGAGCGACUCGCACUGCCCUUCACACGAUACUUUUAUGUCAAGAAGCGAACACCGGCCGAUCUGGAAUGGAAGCGGAAAAUGAAGCAACGGCUGACCCCCGCCCGCGAUAUCGGACGGUACAAGGGUUACGGAGAUGAGGCAUGGAACGACGAGGUGCUUGUGGGCGCCCCAGAGAGUGGAUUUGAGUACCAGGUUGGAAAACUGCUUGAAGACGCUGAGAACUCUGGCAUGGAAGAUGCACCAGGCGCCGUAGGCGCACAGAAAAUGGAGCGCGAGCCAGUGGAAAGGCCAAUGCCGAGAGUGACAGAAGCCGACAAGAAGAACGAUACAAAGAGCCUGAACCGCGCACUACAAAGGACACUGUAUCUUCUCGUAAAGAACAAAGAGGGGCAAUGGCAGUUCCCACAGGACCGACUGAAAGAUGAGCAUCUGCAUGGGGCCGCGCACCGUAUUCUUACCAGCACCGGUGGCGUCAACAUGAACACCUGGCUCGUCGGUCAUGUGCCAAUCGGCCACUACCAACUGGACUAUCGCAACCCCCGACCUGUUGGAAAUCUCCAAGAGUACGGCACAAAGACCUUCUUUAUGAAGGCACGCAUCAUGGCUGGCCAAGUUGACCUGAAGGAAAACAAAUUUGAACUCCAGGACUUCAAGUGGCUAGUCAAAGAGGAAUUGCAAAAGGAGGUUGACGGCAGCUACUGGCGAUCCAUCAAGAACAUGUUGGCCGAGCAGUGA